AUGGCAGUAGGAGGUGCUCUAACCAACACUGCGAGCCGCCGACGGAACCUUCAGGGUGAAUCUGGAUGGGCGGGGCUCGUGCAUAACCGCAAGGUUUUUGCCAUAGCCGUCUUUGCCUCCCUUGGUGGGCUGUUAUACGGCUACAACCAGGGUGUCUUCUCCGGGGUGCUACCCAUGAAUAAUUUCGACCACCGAAUGGCGUCCGCCGUUGACAAAUCGGGCACCAAGGGCUGGCUCGUCUCCAUCCUUGAGCUUGGUGCAUGGUUCGGUGUGCUCGUCACAGGCUAUUUCGCCGACAAGCUCUCUCGUAAAUACACAAUCGUACUGGCUGUGUGCAUUUUCUGCAUCGGCGUCAUCGUACAGACCGCCGCAUUCAAGCCAUCAUCUAUCUUCGGCGGUCGGUUUAUCACCGGUAUGGGCGUCGGCUCUCUGUCGAUGGCGGUGCCGCUGUACAAUGCGGAGCUCGCGCCACCCGAAGUGCGUGGUUCGCUCGUUGCCCUGCAGCAGCUUGCAAUCACGUUCGGUAUUAUGAUUUCCUUCUGGAUCGACUACGGCACGAACUACAUCGGCGGCACCGGCGACUCUCAGAGCCCCGCGGCGUGGCGUCUUCCCAUUGCCCUUCAGUUGGUUCCCGCCAUCAUCCUGGGCAUUGGCAUCCUGUUCAUGCCGUUCUCCCCUCGAUGGCUGAUCAACAACGGGCGGGACGAUGAGGCUCUCAUGGUUCUGAGCUCUGCUCGUAGCCUUCCGCCAGACUCGGAUCUCGUGCAGAUCGAGUUCCUCGAAAUUAAAGCGCAGUAUCUGUUUGAGAAGGAGCUAUCAGAGGAGAGGUAUCCUCAGUAUCAGGAUGGCACAUGGAAGAGCGGUUUCCAACUCGGCUUGAACCAGUACCUCUCGUUGCUCCGUUCGCGCACCUUGCUGCAUCGUGUGGCGAUCGGAUCAUUGACGAUGUUCUUCCAACAAUGGACUGGUGUCAACGCGAUCCUGUACUACGCGCCGUCGAUCUUCCAGGAUCUUGGGCUUACCGGAAACACGAUCUCGCUACUUGCCACCGGCGUGGUUGGGAUUGCGAUGUUCCUAGCCACGAUCCCCGCCGUGAUCUGGGUGGACCAGAUCGGGCGGAAGCCGGUGCUGGUGUCGGGCGCGUUCAUGAUGGCGACAUGCCACAUCAUCAUUGCGGUCCUGACCGGGAUGUUUCACAAGGAUUGGCAAGCACACACCGGAGCCGGCUGGGCGGCGUGCGCGUUUGUGUGGGUCUUCGCCGUCGGAUUCGGAUACUCGUGGGGACCAUGCUCUUGGAUUAUCGUAUCCGAAAUUUGGCCGCUGAGCGUUCGUGGGAAGGGUCUGUCGAUUGCCGCGUCCAGCAACUGGAUGAACAACUUCAUCGUCGGACAGGUUACCCCCACGAUGCUCCAGCAUAUCGGUUUCGGGACGUUUGUCUUCUUUGGGUCUUUCACAUUCGUCGGUGGACUGUUCAUUCUGUUUUUCGUGCCCGAGACGAAGGGACUGACGCUGGAGGAGAUGGACGAAGUAUUCGGCUCUCAGGGCCUCGCUGUCGCCGACCAGGAACGUCAGGCUGCGAUAGAAAAGCGCCUCGGGCUCGACAAUUACCACGAGCGCGGCCAAGACGCGUGUUCAGUAAAGAUACCUACAAGAAGCGUAUGGCUUAUCUUCAAGCUCUCAAUCCUGCCCAACUUCGAGGUUGGAAUGUUCUUACAUCAGUCCAAGGCGCUUAUACAUGUCCUACUCGCAGCGGUGCAGCAUCCUCCAAACAUCCCUCUCCAAAUCCUUGCAGGGCCAGGAAGUGGGAAGACAAAGGUCCUCACUUCGCGCAUAGCCCAUCUCAUCGCUCACCACAACCUCCAUCCAUCCUCGAUCUGCGCCGUCACGUUCACGAACAAGGCCGCGAACGAGAUGCGCGAGCGUUUGAAGAAACUUCUUGGAAACGAUCGCACUGCAGACAUACGAAUGGGCACAUUUCACGCCCUUUGCGCGAUGUUCCUGCGGAGACAUGCCGGGCUGGUCGGACUAGAGGGGAACUUCACCGUAUGCGAUGCGGACGAGAGCAAGAAGAUAGUCACGAAACUGCUGAAGCCGUACAGUGAGUUCCUUGCGGAGAGAAAUAUCACGCUCAAAGAAGGCACUGUGCUAUCACACAUUUCUAAGGCGAAAGCGAAGGGCCACACCCCAGAAGCCCUCCUUGCCCAGCUUGUCGACAGCAAGCACCGGAUGCACGGCUCAAAGCCCUGUGAAGCGGACUGCGUAUCGCACACCAUCGACGGAACCGUCAUCGCCGUCUACGAAGAGUACGAGAAGACCCUGCGGAAGAACAACAGUCUCGAUUUCGAUGACCUCCUAGUUUUCGGUGUUAAGUUGUUUGGAGAGCAUGCGUCCGUAGUUCGGUGGUGCCGACACGUGCUUGUCGACGAGUUCCAGGACACGAACAUAAUGCAAUAUGACCUCAUGCGGUAUAUCGCGACUGCAAGCCGGUGUGUCACGAUCGUUGGGGACCCUGACCAGUCAAUCUAUGGAUGGCGCUCGGCCGAAAUUGCGAACCUCGGGAAGAUGCAGAGAGACUUCCCGUCGACGCAACAAAUCCUCCUCGAGCAGAACUACCGGUCGACGGCGUCUAUCCUUGCAGCGAGCAUCGCGAUCGUGGCUGAAGACAAAAUGCGUGUGCCAAAGUUGCUGCACACGACGCAUCCUCAGGGGCCGUGCCCGGUGCUGCGCGAAUUCUCGUCAGAGAAGGUUGAGGCAGCGAUGAUCGCGGCGGAGGUCAAGCGGCUUGUCGCGUAUUCAGGCGGGAUGCUCGGAUGGGGCGACUUCGUGGUGCUUCUCCGCUUCAAUGCGCUCUCUCGUGGGAUCGAGAGCGCACUCCGACUGGAGGGUAUCCCAAGCCGAGUGCUUGCGGGACACAAAUUCUUUGAGCGGCUGGAGGUCAAAGACAUCCUAGCGUACUUACAGCUCAUCGACAACCCACGCUUCGUGCCCGCAUUCACGCGCGUGAUCAAUGUCCCCGGCAGGAGUAUCGGCGAGAAGACGGUCGCCGAGUUGCUGUCGACGGCAGAGCGGAUGAACAUUUCGCCACUCGAGCUCGCAGAACGCAUUCACGAUGGCAAGACACCGGACAUUAAGCCAUCCGUGAAGCGCAAGCUCGGACCGUUUAUCGCGCCUAUACGCAGGUUGCGUACUCUGGCGAACGAGUGCAUGGCACCGUCGAACCUCAUUCGCCAGUUGCUCGAACAGGUGAACUAUGAGGAUCAUCUGAAGAAGACGCAGCCAGACUGGGAGAGUCGCUGGGACAAUGUUCAGGAGCUCAUCACAUUUGCAAGUGAAGUUGAGUGUGGAUCGCUUCUACCGACCGGGGGAAGCAGCUCAAAUCCCGAAGCACUGCCGGACGUGAAAAGUAAGGCUAAGACUGAUGAGACAGAAGUUGUCAGUGUGGAAGAUACCCCGUUGCGCCUAUUCCUUCAGGCGUCUAUGCUCUCGACAGACACGGAUACGGACAGCGACAGGGAUGCUAAGGAGAAAGUGACGAUCUCUACGUGCCAUGCUGCGAAAGGGCUUGAAUGGCCGGUAGUGAUGAUACCCGCAGUGUCGUUCAGGCGGUUGCUCUACGUGGCGUGCACACGGGCUCAGGGCCUUCUUUACCUCUCUCACACCGCCUCCCGUAUGGUUGCGGGCAUGUCCAUGAAAAAGGCGCUCUCCGAGUUCAUUGCGGUCGUGCGCAGAAAUAACCCCGUGCUAUUCACUGACAAAAUUCCUGGCAUGGACGAGGACGACAGAGCCCUCCUGGCUGCGGUACUGCGACGCGCACUGCCCCAGCCGGCUGAGGUUGCGUGCUCAAUAGCAGAAUACAACCGGCUCGGCGGGAAUGAUCUGUUGUCGAGCAACAGGGGCGAAUCCAACCAGAAUGUUUAUGUGCACCAGAUUGGGGCCCCUGCGUCUCGUCCUGCGCAGGUGGUCCCUUACCCAACGCAGGUCCCAUUCCAAGGUUCUGGUGCAUUUUCAUCCACGCGGUCUCAGGGUUACGCCCCUUACCCCAAUCCUGGGCCGUUUGCGGGACCGUCUACAUAUCAUUUUUCAACUAGUUCUACGCCUGCAGUAUAUCCGAAGCGACCGCCCGUGUACGAUCAGCCGCACCCACGGCCGCUGUCUCCCUCACGUAACCGCGCAGCAAACAUCAAUGCAUGGCCUGCUGCUCAAGUAUCGAUGCAGAUCAACCCCUUCCCCGGAGUCGCAGAGAUCACCCGCUCGCAGAACAUCAGUCUCGUCAUGCCGUCUGCGUCGUCUUCUGCUAGCCGUGCUGAUGUCUCCCUUAUCCCGCAAUCAGCUUCCACGAAGACUACUAACGCCCCGGUCCCUUCGUCUCGUCUGGCACCACUUUCGUCGGACUCGUCGGGACCUGCAAUGGGACGAGGUCCGACUAAAACUCCCAGCGAAUGGGUACUUCCAUUGCUCCCUUCGCCACUUUCAUCGACUUCGUCGAGUUCUACACCAGAGCGAGUUCGUACAAAGGGGAGCACAAUGUCGGAUCCUCCGUCCUGUUCAUCGAUUGCUUCCGAUUCACAAGGCGACCCUAAUCUCGAGAGCGCCAGUGCUGAGGCGAAGCCGGCAGUGGCAGGGACAAAGCGGCGUCUCGGCAUGGGACGGAGUACAACUGGGUAUCAGAAUAAGAAGUUCAAGGUACCCGAUCUCGACGAAUACCUUUCUCCUGAUCCCAGCUUUUCCGCUGCAAGAAUGUACACAUCAAGUGACAAGACGCUCCGCCCGUCGGGCGGCAUCGAUAAGCUCCUGAACAGGGCAUUCGCGCCACCAAAGACUCCGACCGUAACGCCGUCGACAUCGUUGUCACCACUCACACCGAGACGUCCAGCGGCACCCGAGCCAACGACGCCGCUCGCCUCGCCAUUAGACACACGCGGGUUGACGCUCCAAGAUGUAUCGCUGGAUCCGCUGUGGAAGGAAGUGCGGCAGUCGAAAGAGCGGAAGCUAGCCUCCUCGUUGUCGAAAGUGAAGUCGCUCGAGCUGGUGUCGCCCAACACGCUGCAGCCGUCUACGAAGAAAAUGGUAAAGCGCAGAUCAAGCGUGAGCUUCAAAGAGUCGUCCGAUCGCCGAUCAGUAUGGACAUCAUUGUAG